AUGUACACCGCAGGUCGGACACAGUUUGACACCUACGUCGAAGGUGGGACCGUGCUCCACAACUACGCCCAUGUGUUCGACUUGAUCAUGAGGCUUAGGCAGGCAGUGGACCACCCCUACCUGAUUGUUCACGGCUCCCUAAAAGGGACAGAUGACAACGCGGGGGUGAUUCCUAGCAAGAGCCACGGCAGCUCGGAGGUUUGCGCGCUGUGCCAGGAUGACAUCGAGGAGCGGCGUCAUCAAGCAAGGGCCUCAUGUGGGCAUGCCUUCCACCGAGAAUGUCUGCAAGAGUAUCUUGAACAGGCACCGCAGCUUCCAAGUGGCGGCGUCGGAUGCCCAACAUGCUUCGCCCCGAUGACCUGGGCGGAGGGUCAGGAGGAGCAAGACCAGGAUGAGGAUGAUAUCAUCCCGGAAGAUUUCGAGGCCGAGCAGGCUGCCAAAGGUGCAGCAGUCCUGGAGAAGGGACGUCGGAAAGGCAUCAUGCAGAAGAUCAAAACAUCGGAAUUCCAGAGCAGCACCAAAAUUGAGGCCCUGCUCCAGGAGAUCCAGAAGAUGCAGCAAGCAGAUCCUACCAGUAAGGCACUGGUUUUCUCGCAGUUCAGCCGGUUCUUGGAGCUCAUCGAAUGGCGCUUGAAGAGGGAAGGUAUCUCUGCAGCCACCGUGCUGGGAAGCAUGCCCAUCGUGUCACGGAACAACAUCAUUGUCUCCUUCCAGACAGAGCCCACGUUGAAGGUUUUGCUCAUCUCCUUAAAAGCAGGUGGAGAAGGCCUGAACCUUCAGGCGGCGGACCACAUCUUCCUGAUGGAUCCCUGGUGGAAUCCGGCGGCAGAGGCUCAGGCUAUCCAACGCGCGCACCGCAUCGGUCAAACCCGUCCGGUGAAGGCGACCCGCUUCGUAGCGGCCAACACAAUCGAGGAAAAGAUCAUUGAAUUGCAGGAGAAGAAGCAGACGGUUUUCGAUUGCACUGUCGGCAACUCCAAUCAGGCUUUGCAGCGACUCAGUGCCGAGGACAUCCAGUUCCUCUUCAGUAGCUGA